CUUGGAUUCAGGAACCGUAGUUUGUUCCGGUUUCCAUCGAAGUUUCUACCCGGCAUUCAGUUCUUGCAAUUGGCUACUCUAGUCUCAACCACUCAACGGCUGCUCAACAACUCCGGGCGCCGCGGCGCCGGCGGCUCCUCCACUCUCGUCCGAGGUCGGCCCACACUCACACUUUAUAAUUGACGUUCAGAUGAAAACUUGAGCUGAAUUCCAACUCCCAAUUCACCCUCUCUUACCAUCAUUAACGCCCAAAAAUACUCUCGCAACCAGCACACCCGCGUAGACUUGGAUCUAGAUCGUGACCAGAAAGGGCUAUUAGCACGCACCUCCAUUGCUUCUCAGUCCCAGUAUGGUUGACGACGACGGCCAGCGUCCGGCCCAGGCCGACGACAAGAACCCGCAAGUUCUCAGCACUCCUGACAGCACAGCUCGCCCAGAUGGAGAGGGUCAGGGUGUUGGCAAUCGGGUACCCAUCCAGGAAUAUGAUAUCGAGCGAGUCGAAGAAGUGUACAGAAAACUCGACCUGCGCAUCAUCCCGGCCUUCUGGGCGCUGUACUUCCUCUCGUCGGCGAUCCGGUCCAACAUCGGCAUCGCGCAGACGAUGAACGCGGCGGCCAGGCACGACCUCGCGUCGGUGCUGCGGCUGUCGGCGCGCGACACGUCGACGGCGCUGGCGCUGUUCUACGUCUCGUACGUGCUCUUCGACCUGCCGUCCAACCUGGUCAUGAGCAAGCUGUCGCCGCGCGUGUGGAUGGCGCGCAUCGUGAUCGCCGUCGGCGUCGUCGGCGCCUGCUUCGCGGCCGUGCACGACGCCUGGAGCGUCAAGCUGCUCCGCUUCCUGCUCGGCGUCGUCACGGCGGGCAUGUGGCCCGGCAUGGCCUACUACCUGACGCUGUUCUACCCGCCGAGCCGCACGGGCAAGCGCAUCGGCAUGUACUUCACCGCGUCGCAGGUCUCGGCCGCCGUCGUGGGCCUGGUGUCGGCCGGCUUCCAGAAGAUGGACGGGCUGCGCGGCCUGGUCGGCUUCCGCUGGAUGUUUCUGGUCUACGGCCUGUCCGGCGUCGUGCUGGGCGUCUCGCUGCUCUGGUGGCUGCCCGACCGCCCCCUUGCGCCGGGCGAGGCCAGGCCGCGCAGCUGGUACUCGGCUUGGCUGCCGUCGACCCCCGAGGCGCUGACGGGCGAGGACGCGGUCGUGCACUACCACGACCUGAGGCGGGUCUACCACGCGCGGCCGUGGAACCUGACGGAUCUGUGGCACGUGCUGAUCGACUGGCGGCUGUGGCCCCUGGUGCUCAUGUACUUCGGCGUUGUCGGCGUCGGCAUUGGCACGCAGCUGUACGGGAACGUCAUCAUCUCGGCUAUCAACCCCAGGUUUACCGGCAUUCAGAUCAGUCUGCUGUUCGCGCCCAUCUGGAUGAUGGACUUCUGUGCGAUUCUCCUGGUCACGCCGAUUUCCGACCGAUUUCACCGGCACCGCGCCCUCUUCUUCUCCGCCGCCGUGUGCAUCCAGAUUGCCGGCCUGCUCACCGUCACCUUCGCGCUGUCCAACCCCUGGGCCCGGUACGGCGGCCUGCUGAUGGUGGGCUUCGGCCUCGGACCGACCGUCCCGAUCUGCAUGACCUGGACCAACGAGAUCUUCCAGCGCCGCCACCGCGAGGUCGGCGUCGCCGCCGCCUCUGCGCUGGUCUCGGGCCUCGGCAACCUCGGCAGCAUCACGACCACCUACGCCCUGUACACGGGCUGGCCCGAGGACGCCGCCAAGGGCCCGCACCAGUACCGGAAGAGCAACUUCGCCAUGAUCGGGAUCCUCUGCAUGAGCAUUGCCAGUAGCCUUGCCAUGACUGUGCUACUCCAGAUCUUCGGCAACGAGCCGAGCCAGAAGAUCUCGGGCAGCAGCGGCAGCUCGGCCGUGGAUGCCGACGAAUUCCAGGACGGCGCCGCCCGCCGAGAGGUUCACCAGCGUGGCUUUGGUCGGAUGUGGUGGAACAAGCGGUCCGAAGGCUCCCCGAGAGUCUAA